AUGGUCCAACUUCUUACUUCUGGGGAGGAGGGAGGCACCAAGUCCAGUGCCCCUGUAACCUGGGCAAGCUGCACCGGGACCGGGCAAGCUGCACGGCGAUCUAGCACGUGCAGGACCAGCGCUGUCCCUUCCCAGGACGCCCCGACCCCUCUCCCCGCCAGGCUAAGCAGAGUCCCAGCUUGGGCAAAGCGGCACUCGGGCGCCCCCAGGCAGCCUCUCUCGGCCGCGAGCCCAUGGACAGCAGCAGGCCAGCCUUGCGAUUCGCAGCGGCAGAUUCGCCCGCGGACGGGUUUCGGGCGGGGCACAAAAGGUGGCAAGACCGGCGCCGGCGGAGGAAGGGGGGAGGCCGGGAAAGAGGGGAGGGUGGGCCGGGGUCGGGCUGGGCGGCGGCCCGGCCUGGCCGGCUCGGUGGCGAAAGUGCGGUUGCCAAGGAACCGCUUUACCCAGCGGGGCCUCCCCGCGCAGGAGCUGCCGCCGCCGCCGCUGCCGCUGCCGGAGCCUCCUCCAUUGUCCGGGCCGGGCCGGGGUGGGCCCAUGGGCCCCGCCGCUGCCGGAGCUGCCGCCGCCCAGCCACAGCCGGGCCGGGGCUGGAGCCGCGCUUGGGGAGAGGAGAAGUGGGGUCCCCGGCGCCCCGAUCCUGUCUUAGGCGCGUCUGCUCGGAAGCGGGGCGAGCGGGGACUGGUGGCUUCACUCACUUGUCAAAGUGGGCUUAGGAUCGCCCCAUCCUGA